AUGCCCCCUCAGUCAGGAGUCAGUGCGGGAAAGUCAGAGAGUCAGCCAGGGGUCCCCAGGCUUUUCACCUGGGAGGAAGUGGGGCUCUGCACAGGCAAGGGAGAUUUCAAGGAAAAGAGAUGGCUGGUCAUCAACCGAAAAGUUUAUGAUGUUAGUCAGUUCUAUUUGCGGCAUCCAGGUGGGCCUCGUCUCAUCAAACAUUAUUCUGGACAAGAUGCUACGGAUGCCUUUACAGCUUUCCACAAGGAUGAGGAUCUGGUAAAAAAACACUUGAAUUCCCUGUUAAUUGGAGAACUAACACCGGAUCAACCUAGCUGUGAACCCACCAAAAACGAAAUUCUGGUACAUGAUUUUCAUGAAUUACGCACGACAGUGAAGAAGAUGGGACUCCUGAAGUCCAGUGUUCCUUUUUUUGCGUUCAUAUUUCUGCAUGCCUUCUUGCUGGACGUGGCAUCCUGGUUCACCAUCUGGUACUUUGGAAAAUCUUGGGUGCCUUUCCUUAUUGCAGUAGCAAUGUUCACUGUUGCACAGAUCCAAUAUGGUUUCUUUCAACAUGAUCUUGGACAUGUUUCCGUCUUCCAGAAGCCUAAAUGGAACAGAUUGGCUCAUAUUUUUGUGAUGGGAAUCCUUAAGGGUGGGCCAACGACUUGGUGGACUGACAUGCAUAACCAACAUCAUGCCAAACCCAACUGUUUCUUGAAGGAUCCUGAUCUCAAUAUGCACCCAUUUCUCUUCACCUUAGGGAAGUCUCUCUCUGUGGAGCUUGGAAAAAAGAAAAAGAAAUACAUGCCUUACCAGCACCAGCACAAAUAUUUUAGCUUUUUGGCCCCCUUAACAUUCGUCGCUUUUGUGCAGCUUAUCAUAUUUCGCUAUGUUAUUCGGAAGAAAAUAUGGAGUGAUCUUGCUCUUAUUUUAUUCUACAAUUUCCGUAUGUGCCUCAUGUUCAUUCCUUUAAUGGGAUUCAAGACCUUCAUGGCAUAUUACUGGCUUUCCAGGUUCCUAGAAAGCACCUGGUUUCUCUGGGUCUCUCAAAUGAAUCACAUUCCAAUGAACAUCAAUUAUGACCAGAAUCUGGACUGGGUCUCUUCCCAACUCUCAGCAACAUGUAAUGUUGACCAUUCCUGGUUCAAUGACUGGUUCACUGGGCACCUGAACUUCCAGAUUGAGCAUCACCUUUUCCCCACCAUGCCUCGACACAAUUACUACAAGGUGGCUCCUAUGGUGAAAUCUCUGUGUGCCAAGCAUGGUGUUCAUUACGAGUGCAAGCCCAUCCUCACAGCUUUUGCAGAUAUAUUGCACCGCCUGAAGGAAUAUGGGCAGGACUGGCAGAAAGCUUAUCUCCAUGAAUUGGGAGGGGGAGAUGUUCAGACAGCAACAGAAAGCUUAAUGGAGAGGCUGCUUCAAGUAACACUGGGCAUCAUCCCUUAUUUUGAUCACAUCCCAGUAUCUGUAGAAAUUCGCAGUGAGAUCCAGGAGCGCUUCAGGGCAGUCCUUCGGAAGUUCAAGGAUGCUCAGUUGAAAUUAAAAAAGGAAAAAUGCCACAUAGCAGUCCCCAGGGUACAGUUUUUGGGGUACUUAAUAGAUGCCUCAAGCUAUUCAAAGCGCACCAGUACCAAGGAAUAA